AUGUCUUCAUUCUUUGGACUCGCAAAGACGCGAACAUUCAAACCGCGAAAAGAUGUACCAGAAGGAACAAAACAAUACCAACUGAGAAAAUAUGCCGAGGCAACACUAGGCUCUGGCAACCUCCGGUUAGCGGUUGUUCUGCCCGAGGGCGAAGAUCUAAACGAAUGGCUAGCAGUUCAUACCGUCGACUUUUUCAACCACCUAAACAUGCUUUACGGCACGGUAACCGAAUUUUGUACUCCACAGCAGUGUCCCAUCAUGUCUGCGGGGCCGAGAUAUGAGUACCUGUGGGAAGAUGGCGUCACUUACAAGAAGCCAACCAAGUUAAGCGCGCCCGACUACGUGGACGCACUAAUGAAUUGGGUACAAAGCCUGCUCGAUGAUGAGAAGGUUUUCCCGAAUAAGAUAGGCGUACCAUUUCCGAAGAACUUCCAAUCGACAGUUAAAACAAUUGUGAGGAGGUUGUUCCGAGUUUACGCCCAUCUAUAUAGCCACCAUUUCGAGCAAAUAUCUGCGCUGGGAAUAGAAGCUCAUCUAAACACCAGUUAUCGGCACUUUUUCUUGUUUAUUAACGAGUUUGAUCUAGUGGACAAGAAAGAGCUAGUCCCCCUUGAUGAGCUCAAUGAUGCUAUCCUAGCUGAGGACAAGGCCCGAUGA